ACAACUCAUGGGGCCCCAGGGCAUAAGGGGAUCAUGGGCCCCUGAUGCAGAACACUGAAUUGCUGCCCAGGGGUGGACUGAAAACUCAUGUGGCCCCCGGGCAAUAGGGGAUCAUGGGGCCCCUGUGUCUUUGCCCAAACUCAAAAAAACCUAUGAAAAAGGUACCAGGGGCUUCUCAUGGGGCCCCCUACUGGCCCCGGGCCCUCGGGCAGUGCCCGAGUUUUGAAAUGGUCAGUCCGCCCCUGUUGCUGCCUUACUAUCUCACUAAGGCA